CCAAAGGGAAGCAGAGGCUUGGGUGACUGGCCAGUUGGUGAAGUGGUGUGGCCAGGAUGACUACAACAGGUUCUGAGCCUGGUCAGUGAGUCCCCUUUGGAUUGAGGAAGGGCAAAGCCAUGGCAGAAGCACCUGAAACCCAGGAUGUCCUAGGUUCAAGAGCAACCAAAACCAGGGUGAUGAGACACUCCUCCACACCUGAGGAACAAAAUGCAGGUCGAGGUGGUCUAGGGGAAGCAGAUCUGGACGAGGAAAACACAGUAAGUCCAGACGAGGACAAGGAGGAGAGUCUGGAUGAGGAGAGCAAAGAGAAUCUGGAUGAAGAAAGUGUGGGCGAUCUAGAUGAGGAAACCUGGAUGAGGAGUGCCGAGGGCUCAGAUGAUGCAGGGAUGUGGUUGGAUGAGACUUCUAGUUCCACAGAAUCAGAAGAAUCAGAAGAGGAAGGUGUCACCUGGGAUGGAACUGUGGGCUCAGAAGUCUCCAAACAAGAGAAAGUUGAAGGAGCGAAUCCUGCCAAGACUUUGAAAAGUUUGUCAACGUAUUUGACCAGAAUAUUUACAAAAUUUCACAGGACAAGCUUGCUCCGUGACUUUGUUGAAUCGGAGUUCUUUGUCAUCGAUGGUGACUCUUUAAUGAUGAUGUACAUUCACAAUGCAACUGUUGACCCUGGGCAGAACCUGCACUUUUUUUAUCUGGUGGAAUGGUUCCUGUCUGACCUGAUCCAAAAACAGGCAAAGUUUGUCAUCGCAUUCUUUAAGGAUCUUGAAUGUAUUUGGAACCAAAGUUGCCUGUAUCUCUCGAUCCGCACUACGCUGAUUCUCCACCUUCAGCGCAACACAAAGAUCCCAGUCCACACAGAGUUCUCCAGCUGUUUUGAUCCCAAAUGGAAGACCUUCUUGGAGGAGAACCACCCUUAUUUUGUGAUGAUUUCCGAUACGGCUAAUCCGAAAAAAAAGAGGGAAUGUCUUUCCACUGGACUGUUCCACAACCUGAUGAUCCACACACUGGGAAAUGGAAUAAAUGUUGUCCUCACGUCAGGAGUCACUCAGGACAUUCUCAGACUAUAUGGCUACCACAAGACCAGCAAUGCAAUGAUUAUUUCAGUGUUUCAAGAGAAGGCAGAGGAUCUGAAACGUGCUGAGGAUUGGAUGCUGAGUUGUGCACCGGCAUUUCACUCCCAAGUCUUUUGUGGCACUGAUGGAAAGAAACUGAUGCAGACUCUCCACAGCGAGAUUCCCCAAACCAUCUCUGCACUGAAACUUCUAUGGCCCCAAGGAGUAGAUGUCCGGAGGAUUGUAUGUGCCGUGUCUUGUUCCGUGGCACUGAAAAUCUAUGGCUACAUGGUGGCAAUGGCCAAAUCUACAGGAGAUGAGACUGGAGCAUCAGCCAACAAAGAGGAGGAGCUGGAAGAACUGUCGGAGCAGGGAGCGACAGAGCUCUGCCGAACGUACUGCCUGCACGUGGCUCUUCUCCGCAAACUGCCAUUGGCCCAAAGAGCUCUCAAGAGCAAGGCCAAAUGGAAAAAUGCAGCGAUGCCAUUCCUGUUGUUGAGGAGGAUGGCAGAAUUCUUGGUCCUGAAGGAACUGAGUACUACUCACGACUGGCCGGUCGACCUGACGUACUUGACUGACCUGAGUGAUGAGCAUCUCUUUAAAAGUGUAGUGAAGAUCUGCUCUGAAAGGCCAGCUUGUACUGGAUCGGAGCCCCAGCUGGGGAGGGAGAUCGGGAGUGAGUAUCGAAACAUCUGGGAGGCUGUGGCCACGAUUUCUCCUGCUCUUGAUGUUGGAUCUGCUCUCCCAGUGACAUGCUCUCCUGGGCUACUUCUGCUGCCAGCAGACACCACAGAAUCAGUCCAUCAGGAACAAGGAAUUCCUCCCAUUGGUUUAAUACCAGUGACCUCAGACUUGGUGGAAGAAUAUCUUGGCAAAAUGCUGGGACAAAUGCCCCAACUUGACAGUGAGGACCCCACCAUUGUGUCACUUCUGAAGCUCAAAGAGUUUGAUGAGGUCCUACACUGGCAUUCAAGAAAGCCCUUGAUAGAGACAUGGCAUGAAAAGAUUCAGAAACUUCCAACAGAUCCAUUGGAGAGGAAGUCAAUGUUACGCCAGCAACAAAAGUACGUUGUGUUUGAGAGACUUUAUGCGGAAUCUCUGGAGGAGACGGCGACACUAACAGUUGCCAGCAGUCAGGCAGAGGCAGCUAAAAGACCCAGCAAGAAGAGCACUGAACUCAUUGAGGCGCAGAAGAGAAAGAAGUUGGAGGAGGAGGAGAGGAAGGCCAAGGAACAAUGGAGCUCAAUUCAAAAGUCCCUUGGGAAAGAAAUGACUCAGGACAUCGACAAAGGGAUAAAAACUCUGGACAGGUUCCUGCAGAAGUGUAACAGUGAUCAGGUGAAAGUGGAUGCACAGAUGGAAGGAAUUAAACACUGCUAUAAUGCCUGGGUUGAACAUUGUAGAUCUAUAGCUGAACCCUCGAGAGAUGUGAAGACCGCAGUGAUGUUGAUGCAGAGAAUCCACACUGUUCUGAGUCAAUAUGAGGAGCAGCUGAGCCCGAAACAGUUAACUAAGCUGGCUGGUUACCUCAAAGAACUGGGAUUCCUGAGCCUCAGAGAUUCACUGUUGGAAAGAGUUGAUGAACAGCAGAAAGAAAAGUUAAAGAAAAGACAGAUGAAUGAUCCCAAGUGUCCAGUUGGACUAGGAGCAGCCCGUUUUCAGCUGAAGCAUAUGGGUCCUUUUCUAAUCCGGGAUGAAAGGACUGAUCGAGACCCAAGGGUCCGGCAUUUCAUACCGGACACGUGGCAGAGAGAGCUAUUGGAUGCAGUGGACAACAAUGAGUCUGCAGUCAUUGUUGCCCCCACCUCGUCAGGUAAAACCUACGCAUCCUAUUACUGCAUGGAGAAGGUGUUGAGGACCAGUGAUUCUGGCAUCGUUGUGUACGUGGCACCAACCAAGGCUCUUGUCAAUCAGGUGGUGGCAACUGUCUAUGGAAGGUUUACCAAGGACUUACCUCAAGGAAUGGCGGUGUGUGGAUGCUUCACGAGAGACUAUCGGAGUCACGUUUUUAGUUGUCAGGUCCUGGUGACAGUACCACAGUGUUUAGAGAUUCUCCUCCUCUCUCCCCACCAACAGGACUGGGCAAAGAGAAUUCAAUAUGUGAUUUUUGAUGAGGUGCAUUGCCUGGGUGGAGAUAUUGGUGCGGAAGUUUGGGAACAUCUCCUGGUGAUGAUCCGUUGUCCUUUCCUGGCUCUGUCAGCGACCAUCAGUAAUCCAGAGGACCUCACUCAAUGGCUGCAGUUGGUGAAGACCUAUUGGAAACAAGUGGAGAGAGAUUCUGAGGAACCUUCCUCAGCAACCACCAAGCAGAAGGGCAAGAGAAAGAAACACACCAAGAGCCAGUCCUUCAAAGUGAGACUAGUCACUUACGGAGAACGAUACAAUGACCUUGAAAACUUUGUGUGUGACUUUGAAGAUGACAAAUACAAAUUUGUUCCCUACCAUCCCUGUGCUGCCUUAACAGUGGAUCAUAUUAUAAAUUACGGGAUCCCAUCUGACCUUGCACUUUCUCCAGCUGAGUGCCUCAGACUGUACGACACAAUGGCAGGUGUAUCGCAGGGGUGGCCAAGGGCGCAGGAGCUCGACCCAGAGAUGUACAAGUCCUUUAAGAACAAGAUCGUUAUCCGGAGGUCCGAUGUGAGAGAAUAUGAAGCUGAGCUGAAGAAGGAACUUGCAGGAUGGAUUGAAACUGGGCGGACAAAUGAGGUCAAGGACGUGCUGUUGAUGCUGGCACCGAAAGCUAAAGGGAUUUUUGGGAGAGAGCACAAAGAUAACUUCCCGCUUCUGGUUGAAACCCUUCAGAAACAGAAUGGUUUGCCAGCUAUAUUCUUCAUGUUCAAUCCAUCAUUGGUUGAGGGCUUUGCUGAUGACAUACUGAGACACCUGUUGAGGAAAGCGCAAAGCAAAAAGAAGCCAGGUCAUGACAAAACCAAGCUGCAAAUAGAAAGCAGGAUUGUCAAGCUAUUGAAGUACCUGGAAAAGGAGAAGACUUUGACACAUCCCAGCAGGAAACAAGCCGAGAGGCUGACACAAUGUCAGACAGAAUACGAAUCAUUAACCAAGAAGCACCAAGAACUUCAAAAACUUCCUCCGGACUGUACAUUUGCCCAGAUUUCUGCAGCAGAUCAAAAGUUCUUGGACAAGGUCUUCACCCGUCUGCGUUGGAUCCACCAUUCUGGCUACUACCGUUCUAUGUUGCGUCGAGGGAUCGGUUGCCACCAUCGCUCCCUGAAUAAAACAAUUCGGCAAUCUGUCGAGAUGUUGUUCAGGCGCGGGUUUAUCAAGGUUGUCAGUGCCACAUCAACUCUUGCUCUGGGAAUCAACAUGCCUUGCAAGACUGUUGUUUUCCUUGAAGAUUCAGUGUAUCUGGACUCUCUGAACUACAGACAGAUGUCAGGAAGAGCUGGACGUCGAGGUUUGGACAAUGCCGGGAGCGUGAUUUUCUAUAAAGUGCCGUUGUCAAAAGUGCAGAGACUGUUGAAGGCCAAUGUUCCCCAACUGAGGGGCCAGUUCCCCCUGACCAUAACAUUGGUGCUCAGGCUCAUGCUGUUGGCAGCUAAAGCUGAUGACCAACUCGAUGCCAAAGCCAAGGCACUGUCCGUCCUCCAGUACUCCCUGAUGACCUUCAAUCAGCCCAGGAAACAGAACAUUGUCAAAUACUACUUCCUGUUCUCUCUUCAGUUUCUGCUCAGGGAGGGUUUUCUGGAUCGAGAAGGUCAUCCUCAGGGCUUUGCAGGUUUGGUGAUGCAUAUCCACUACCACGAGCCAGCCAACUUUGUUUUCAUCCGUUUCCUGGUACAAGGCCUUCUGCACAAACUCUGCCAACCCGUGAAUCCAAGUUCAAACACGUUUUCCGAAGACGUGAUGGAAACGUUAGUUCUCAUCCUGGCCAAUCUAUUCGGCAGGAGGCACUUGCCGUCAGUCUUGUGGGAGCAGCGGCCUUCUUUUCAACAGUCCAAGGUAUUCCUGAAUGAUCUUCCUGAAGAGUUUGCAGCUUCUGUCAAAGAGUACAACGAGAAUGCUAUCCACGUUUUUGGAAACUUCCUGCUCACCAUUUCUCAGCUGGCUGACCUGGAGAAAGAGUUCAAGCUUCCCCUCACAAACACAACAUUUCCGGGUCCUCAGGAGCAGGAGGGUGCGGACUUCACUGCGGAGUUGUCCAAAUGCUUAGACAGUCCAGUCACAGCAGUGUCACCAUUUGCCUGCUUGUCCGGUCGCACCAACCAUGACUUGUUCAACAGUUACGACGUUGACCCAAUUAUCUUCCGCACACUUGGAAUUCAUAUGGGCAACAUUCCCAUCUUGCCUUUGAAGUACUACGAUAGACAAGGAAGACACAUGCCCCUUAAUGCCUAUGCUCUGGACUUCUACAAACACGGCAGCUUGACUGCUUUGACCAGCGAUAACGGAAUAAAUAGGGGAGAAGCCUAUGAUCUGAUCCGUGAUUUCUUAUUGGUAAUUUCUGCAAUCAGCACUUCUGUAGCAGAGCUGUGCGACAGGGCUGACGAUCCUGUUGUAUUAGCCUUUCAGCAACUCCAGGAGACCUACAGUGCUAAGCUUCGGAAAGUUUCCAGCUGAUACACCCAAGAGGGAUUUCAGCACAGCUAUCAUGCAUGUGAUAUGGGAAGGCAAAGGGACAAUUCUGAGAUAUGAUAAGACCCUCUCUGCCUCUUCCCUUUAACCCUGCAUAGAUAAUAAUGCAUUGUAAAAAUUACACAUUGAUUUCUAUUGCCCUCAGGGAGAUUUAUAAUCAAUAUAUUGGAAUAAAGUUGUCUUAAUGCCCUUGCACCAUUAAGAAGAAAUGAUUCAGCUCAUUGCACCAACUUUUUGAGACUGUCCGCCUGAUGAAAGUCAAAGUCAAAAUCGAGUUUACUAUCACAUGCACAAGUACACGUACGUACAGGUGCAAUGAAAACCUGGCAGUCUGUUGGUGGCGCUGCAUGGACUAAGUCAUAAUUUGGCUUUGGUCCAGGCACUUUUCAAUCUAUUAUUUACCACCCUUUAAUAAGUCUUUUACAAUACUGGCACAAGUUUAAUCUUGAUUUUUAACUGUGAAAAUGACCACCAGAUCUAAAGCCUCUGCUAAUGGUAAAGGUAGUGGAGAACAACCUACUUUGGAAGCUAUUUCUAAUCUGGACAGAAAGUUUGAUCGGAGCUUUGCCGAAUUGAAGUCUAUUUUAAAAGACUGAAGGAAAGCAAAAUACUCUUAUCCAGGAGAAUGCCAAACAAAGGCAAUUAAUCGCUGAACUCGACUAAGCUGGUAAAGAGAGAGAUGCCAAACUCCACUCACUUGAAAAAGCCUUAAUUACGACCAAGCAAAACCUGGAAAAGCAACAAGAGAGGAUCAUCGACCUGGAAGGACUCAGCAGGAGGAAAAAUUUAAGGAUCAUCAAUUUUCCAGAAAAUACCGAGACUGGUAACCCUACGGAAUUCUUCUCUAAUCUUUUGGUCGAUGUUUUUGGUUCCGAAAUGUUCCCUCGUCAGCCCAUUUUGGAGAGGGCUCACAGAGCAUUAAGAUCUAAACCUGCUCUGGAUCAAAAACCUCGGCCAGUAAUACUGAGAUUCCAUUUUGUCAGCGUUAAGGAGCUCCUGAUUCGUACUGCUCGUAGAUGUGGAAUGAUUCAAUUUAAACAAUGGAAGUUUCGAAUAGUUGAAGAUUACACCCCAGAAGUUAUGAAAGAAAGGCUGACCUACAAACCAAUUAUGGCUCGUCUUUAUCAAAGCAAUUAUCAUCCUGCAUUAUUAUUCCCAGCAAGGCUGCGAAUUACACUGCCUGAUAAAUCUCGUAAAUGGUUUAAAUCUAUUCAAGAAGCCCAGAAUUUUCUUUUGAAUUAGCUUUUAAUUUUAGAAGCUAAGAAAUUGCGGAAGAGACACUGUUUUUCCUUUGAUUUACUACCUACUUGUUUUAUUAUCUAAUUAAUUUUUAGAUUUAAACCUUUCUUUUUUCUUCUUUUAAUAUUUUUAAUGUCUUGUUUUAAUAACAAUUAAGAAUUUAACAAAAUAACUGAUCAGUUGCUUUCUUUUUGAAAUAAUUAUUAAACCGUAUUUUUUAAUUGUCGGCUGUUAACGCCCUUUGGCUCUGUUUCAAUCUCACAACUAUGUUGUGAGUUCGUUAUCUCUAUUAUGUUGUUCAUUUUAAGACAAAACGUGGGUGGUUUAUAUAUUUUUUCAAUUUGGACUAUUGCCACCAAUAGAACAGGGUUUAGUUCAAUUAGAGGGUAGUGUACUGGCUGCCUAUUGGCCAGUUUUCGGGCUGUUGGGGGAGGAGGGUGGGGUACUUUUUACGUUUUUUUUCUUCUGGGCUAAACUACAAAUUUUUCUAAAUUGUUGUCACAUCCCUUUCCUCUUUGAAUAUUUUUUUUACUUCUUCCUGUUGGUAAGACUUGGAAAUAUUAAGAUUAACCCUUUACAUACCAUAUUUUUUUAAUCUGUUAAAAUGGAUAAGACUAUUAAUUUUAUUUCAUGGAAUGUUAAUGGCUUAAAUAAUCCACUUAAACGUAAGAAGAUUUUUAAAGUUUUUCAUAGACUAAAUGCUCAGAUUAUUUUUGUUCAGGAGACUCACAUCAGGAAGAAAGAUAAUCAACGUUUUUUUAGAUUUUGGAGGGGUCAACAGUUCCAUUCGAAUUCACAAGCAAAGGUGAAAGGAGCAUCUAUUUUUAUAGACUCCUCAAUUUCGUUUGUCCAUCAUGAGACAAUAUCAGACCCAAAUGGUUGAUUUUUAUUAAUCACUGGUCUGCUUCAUAAUAAAAAAGUUGUUAUGGUUAAUGUUUAUGCACCCAAUGUAGAUCACCCUGAAUUUUUUAAACAUCUAUUUGCAUUUUUUCCUAAUUUAAAUGAAUACACUCUGAUUAUGGGAGGAGAUUUUAUCUGUUGUCUAAACCCUUCCAUGGAUAGAUCUGUAUCAAAUCCUGCACUUCCAAACAAAUCCACUGUCUUUAUUAAUUCCUUCUUAGUUGAAUUUGGAAUUUUAGAUGCUUGGAGAUUUCUACAUCCAUAUGAUAAAGAAUUUUCAUUCUUUUCUCAUGUUUACCAUAACUACUCGAAGAUUGAUUAUUUUUUUAUUGAUGCUAGAUUAGCUCCACUUACUAUGGACUGUAAAUACAAUGCAAUUGCCAUUUCUGAUCAUGCACCAUUGAUUUUAUCAAUUAAAUUACCAGAUGUAUCCUUUGAUGUCAGACAAUGGCGAUUUAAUCCUUCUCUAUUACAAGACUCAGAUUUUAUCCAAUUUAUCAAAGAACAGAUUUCAUUUUUCUUUUUAACUAAUUUUACUGAAAAAAUUUCCAGUGGGAUAAUAUGGGAUACUUUUAAAGCAUAUAUCCAUGGUCAAAUUAUUUCAU